AUGACCUUCCUCAUGAAGCACAUGUUGGGGGACAAGUUAAAAAAUAUGAAAGGCGGAGGAGGAGGAGAGGAGGGUGACAGCACUGCGACUGCAGACGGCAAGGAGACUCCAGCAUCCAAAGGCAUGUCUAGAGAGGAGUUUGAGGAGUAUCAGAAGCAACUGGUGGAGGAGAAGAUUCAGCGAGAUCAGGAUUUUGCUGUUAAAAAGGCUGAAAGGGCCAAUCUCAGGGUAGCUCUGAGAGACAAGUAUCGCCUCCCAGAGAGCGGUCAAGAUGAUGCAACCAUCCAGAUGGCGGGAGAUGAUAUUGACCUUCCAGAGGAUCUUGCCAAGAUGGUAGAAGAGGAUGAAGAAGAGGAGGAGAUCAAUGACUCACUCCUGGGCAAUCUUCAAAACAUGGACAUGGAUGCAAUAAGAAUCAAAGCUCAGACCACUAUGACAGAGGUGAAGCAGGCAGCAGAGGAGAAGUGUGUUGUCAUGUGA